AUGACUCCGGAGACUCUCAGCGAAAUGCACUCAAAUCUUCAUGCAUUUUAUCCGAAUGGAGCUCCAAAGCUGGUUUCUCGUCCACCGUCUGUGGCCACUAUGGUUCCGGGGAUGCCUCCGCCAGGAAUGGCUUCGGAUUUUGUACGUCCACCAUCCACUUUCAUGGCUCCUAAUGUAGUCAUGCCUCCUCCAGCUCCACCUAGACCACAGGAAAUCGUCAGUUGGAACACACUUAGUGUGAUGUGCAGCAUGCAGGUGCUGUGCUCGUUGGCGAUUUUUGGUAUUGGUGUCGGUCGUAUGUUGGAAGGGGCAAAAUGGGCCAUUGGAAUCGAACUGAUCUAUGCCCUACUAGUAAUGGUAGCUGGAUUGUCUGGGAUCUAUGCUGUGCGGCAAAGAAGCUAUACAGCUGCUACACUCGUCUUUAGCUUAACUGCAAUUAGUGCAGUACUCGCUAUACCGCCAUUCAUCGUAGGUCUCUUCCCAGCCAUACCGUGGGCGUUUUCAGAAGCUACUCCAACUGCAUUCAUAAACAAAAGAGAACCAUUGGAACUCGAUUUUGGGCUUAGCCUAGUCAUUCUCAUUCAGGUACUUCUGUCAGUGGUAAUCUGUAUAAGUGGUUGUCGAUCGGUUGGAGUUUUAUGUGGCAUGGUCGAAGAAAACAAAUUACAUCGCGAUCUUCACAAGGCCUUCCAUGAAAUGGAUCUACCUCAGAAGGCUUAG